GCUGUCGCGCUGCCGCUGACUGACAGACUGAAAGGAUCAGUUUUUCAGCUCUCUGACAUCUUUCAUUAUCAUUCAGCUUAUCAUGAUUUCCAAGGAAGAAAUACUCAAACCCAUAUGGUACGCGUUUACCGCUCUGGAUCUUGACCGAAACGGAAAAGUAUCCAAAUCACAGUUAAAGGUUCUGUCUCAUAACCUGUGCACCAUACUGAAAAUCCCUCAUAACACUUCAGCCCUGGAGGAGCACUUUAAAGAUGACGAUGAGGGACCGGUGUCAACACAAGGGUAUAUGCCCUACCUGAACACCUUCAUACUUAGUAAGAUCCAGCCCAACUUUGACUUCGUUGAGCUCAAUAAGAUGUGCUGGACUCUGUCUGCACCGAAGCACAUCAACACCAUGAAUCUGCUCAUGUCUGAAAAAGACGCCUUCAGAGUCUGGUGCAUCUUCAACUUCCUUUCUGAAGAUAAAUAUCCACUCACAAUUGCCACAGAAGAGCUUGAGUAUUUCCUGCGCAAGCUGUUGGCAGCAAUGGGUUGCAGUUGGAAUGAAGGCCGGUUUGAAGAUUAUAAAACACAUCUCAAUGCAAAGAAACACCAUCUGAAUGCAUGGGAGCUGAUCGAGCUUAUUGACAUGGGCAAUUUCACCAAAGGCAUCAACCCACAGACUGUCUCCAUGGGCAUCAAUGAAGUCUUUCAGGAACUUGUAAUGGAUGUUAUUAAGCAGGGCUAUAUGAUGAAAAAAGGCCAUAAGAGGAAGAACUGGACAGAGCGGUGGUUUGAGCUCCAUCUAAACUACAUGUCGUAUUAUGUGAGCGAAGACCUUGUAGAGCAGAAGGGAUGUAUUCCACUUGAUCGCAACUGCUGCGUUGAGUCCAUGCCAGACAAAGACGGAAAGAAAAACCUCUUCAUUAUAAAAUGUGUUGAAAAAAGUUUUGAGAUCAGUGCAUCGGAUAAAAAGGCAAAACAGGAGUGGAUUCAAGCCAUCCAGGACUGCAUAGUCCGCAUAAGACAGGGCCUUUCCUCCGCACACCGAGAAUCCAGACAGAAACGCAGAGAGCUGAGAAACAGGAUUAAAGCUGAGCAGGAGAUCUUGGAGAACAGAAUGAAACAGCUGCAGUUGGCCAACGAGAGCAAGCAGGCCCAGCUGGAGGCCCUGAGUAAGGACCUGAAUAAAGCCACAGCUAGGGGUGAUCUGGAUGAACAGAGAAGACUUCAGGCCCAAAGAGAACUGCUGGAGCAAUACAAACGAGACCUGGAGCAAGAGAAAAUGGCUCGAAUGCAAAUGGAAGAGCAGGUGAUUGAGAAGUCGAAUGAAGUGGAGCAGUACUGGCAGCGAAUGCAGGAACUGGAAGAAAUGUACCUUCAGCUCAAACAGGCUCUACAGGAUGAGAAGCAGGCCAAAGAGGAUGAAGAAAUCCUGCGCAAACUGCAGGCCAGACUGCUACAAGAGGAGGAAAACAAGCGGCUUGAAUUAGAGCAGAUUCACCUGCAGCAGCAACAGGUCUUAUCCCAGUCCCAGAAGGAGAAAGAGGAGCUGGCGAAGGAGCGGGAGGAGAAGGAGCGAGCCCUGCAAGCAGCACAGGAGCAGCUUGAGAGCCUGAAAAGGCAGAGAGAGGGAGCGCUGGAGGAAUACAUGGCUGUUACAAAGAAACUGGAACGAGCAAGUAAUAAGACAAAGAACUGGAAACACAAAGUCUCCAAACAUGAAGGCCUACUUAAACUCGUUCAACCAGGCGGCAAGACACCCAGUAAAAUGACCAACUGGGGACAGGCGGCGUUCACGGAAUCAGAGCUGAAUGAGCUGGAGAAGAUGUGGCAGGUGAACAAGAAUAGAUCAGAAGACGAGUAACACCUUUCAAUGGAUUUGUGUUUAUUUAUUUCAUGUUUACAAGGCUGUCCUCAUCAUGCUUACAUGGUUUCAUUCAGCCAUUUAUUAAUCAUAUAUGCAUACUUAAAGGGGUAGUUCACCCCAAAAAUGAAACGUACUCCCUAUUUACUCACGCGCGUCCAAACCACUAUAAGUUUCUUUAUUCUGCUGAGCUUUUUUGCAGAAAGCUGAAAUUCAUUGACAUCCAUAGUAGGAAAAACAAAUACUAUGGAAGUCAAUGGUUAUGACUUUCAAGCUUUCUUUCAAAUAUCUUCCUUUGUGUUUAACAGAAGAAAGAAACUCAAACAGGUGAGUAAAUGAUGACAGGAUUUUCAGUUAUGGAUGAGCUGUCCCUUUAAAUGAUAAUACAGUUGUUGUUUGAGUUGAAAGUGACAUUUACACAGUAUUUACAUACAGAAAAGUAUAUUUUUUGGUAAGAAACAGGAACUUCUAAGAGUCAUUGGAAUAUUUAAUGCCACUUUUUUCAAAGCAUGUGAUUAUAUAUUCGUGCUGUGUCCACUAGAUGACUCUGUUACAUCACUAGAUGAUGCACAGAGACGCAAAAUGCCUUCAUAAGCACACUUCACAAAUCUUGAGUUACCAGCAGAUCAAAUAUGUGUGCUGAAUGGAUUUUGCAUGCAGCUUCCAUGAUUAAAUGACUAAAUGUACAUUUUAUAUUCCACUAUUAAGUUCCACAAUUACUGUAGGCAAUCAUGGUCAUAUAUGAUGGCUAUAGAUUAAAAUGAAAACAAUUAUACACACAUCAGAAAGCAGAGAUGUUUACUGUAGUGAACAGACUUUGCUAUUUUAUUGUAUCCUUUUUCAAACUCAAUGUACUAAAUGAAGGCAUUUCGUCUAGGUGAGAUGCAUUAAGAAUACAUAUUUAGCUUCAGUUUUCUUUUACUCUUUUAAAGGUCUGUGUGGGAGAAAAUAUGUAAAGAAUAAAUCAUGUAGUUAAU